GGAGAGCAGAAUAGCCAGCAGUGUUCCCAAACAAGGAAGAAAGCCACCCGCUUGCUGUCUUUUCUCUGGUAAAUAUUUGACUGGAUGUUUGCCUUCUCCCUGAGUUUUUUUUUAGGUGCUAUGAAGAGAACUGGCCAGAACAUCAGAAUAUCAGAAGCAGUCAUCACCAAGAGGCCAGAGAAGCCCAAAGAACAAUCCAGAGAAGCAGGCUGCCCACCGGGGCUGCAGGCAGCGCGUGCUUUUCCAGCAAGAUGCUUUUCCCAAACGCAAGUACCAGGCAGCUAAAUGGCACCUGUACCAGUUCAGUGGGCAUGGAGCUCUUCCUCCAUUACUCCCUCAUCCCAUCACUUUUCAUCAUUUUCGUCUUAUCCCUUCUCCAAAGACAAGAGCACUGUAGACAGAGAGAUGACACUUCUCACCUUCUGGGGAACCACUUCGGCAUGAUCAUACCUCUGGACUUCGUGGGCACUUUUAGUAACCGAUGGUCCUAUGGAGUCGCCUUUGGGGCCACAGCCAAUAAGGUCAUGUUCUUGUUCUCAGAAGGCUACCAGCCCCUGCAGGUCCCGCAGUGGGCCCAAGCCUUUGUGCUUCUGAUUGGAGGCAUCGAAGUCGGCCUGUCCCACUUCCCCUUCUUUGCCUGCCUUUCCUCGGAGUUCCGGCUGGUCAGCUCCGUCCUGGGCUUCGGCUACUCUCUCACCUGGUUUGCUGUCACUGUCCUUCAUAUCACACAGUGUCCUCACGGUCAGUUUGUGGGGAAGUAUGAGACUGUCAUGUUCUACUGGCCCUCACUGCUGUGCCUGGCCUUCCUGCUGGGCCGCUUCCUGCUCAUGUUUGUCAAGUCUCUGAGGGUCCACCUGGGCUGGGAGCUCCCGAUGGAGGAAAAGCCUUUCCUGGAAGCUCACCAGGCAGAGCGUGUCAAGCAGCUCCUGAGGAAGCGGCCCCUGCAAGAGAGAAAAAAGUCUUGGUUCCAAACCAAGAUAUAUGAGUGGGACCCCUGCUUUCAGUUCCCGAGCAGAAUGAUUGGAACCACUGUGUUGGCUUUCAUCUGCCUUUACCUUUUCAUUGUCAUUGAGUUCUGCAUAUUUGUGUGUGUGAGAGAUGAGCUGGACGUGUUUGAAGGUGAAUUGGAGAACUACGUUGCCUCCAUGAACCAGACGGGGACCCUGACCCCAGUUCUUCUGCAAGUGAAAGAGCUGAUUAGCGUCACCAAAGGAGUCUGGAUGGUGACCAUUUUGCCCGCCUGUCUCACGUGUGUGAGCUAUCUGUUUCACAUCUUGGCAUGUUACAGAAAGCAUAUAAAGAGGUUGUGGGCAGGAGAUAAACACUUUCUCCCUUUGAAAUUCCAUAAUCCGUCCUCGUCGGAGAGUGUGGUGGCCAUUGCGCGGUACUCUGGCUGGCAGAUAGCCUAUAUUCUGUGGGGCUACCUCAUCAUCCACGUGAUGCAGAGCCUGUGUGGCUUGGUGAUCAUGUACAGCCUGGUGCUGCCUGUCAUCCACAAUCAGGCCCUGAAGAUGCUCCGAGGACUGGGCAUCGGGACCCUCACCAUAUCCAUCGUCUUGGGUCUCAUGAUCCUGCAGGUGUGGAUUGCCGCCAAAUUCUUCUUGCAGCCAAAGAUGGGAACAGCUGACAAGCAGAAGCCCCUGGCUCUCAACAAUAGACUUCUCAUCAGCUGCAUCCUGGGCACAUGGCUGAUUGCUCGCAUCGACAGGACCAUCCUGCAGAGUGGCUAUGAGGGAGCAGACAUGGGGUUCCGUGCAUGGAUUGGCAUGCUCUACGUGGAUCAUUAUCACACCAACCCCGUGCUCGUCAGCUUUUGUCACAUCCUGAUCACAGGCCACAGGGAGAGGAGGCUGCAGCAGGCCAUCAAAUGCUGGUACCUAAAUCAGUCAGCAGGUCCCCGCAUCUCAGCUAGGUCCAGGACAAGGUGGCUCCUGCUGCAGACCCUGAUCAACAACCCCAGACUGGUCAUGCUCAGGAAAUCAAAGCCGGAUCGUGGCUCCCAGGAGUUUACCCAGAUUCUGUUGACGAGCUCGGAGAUCUGACAUGGACCUGCAGCAUUACGAUAAGGCCAUUGCAGGAUGAGUGCCGCCAAGAAGGCCCAGGCGCCCCUGCAGCUGCAUCCUGCAGUGUGACAGGACGCACAGCCCUGUCCACGCAGGUGGCACGCAGACCAAGCCAUUCAUGGGACGGCACCUGGGCUGAACCAUGAAACCUCAGAUCUAUUCACUCCCUUGGUAAGCAGAUCAAGAACUAAAGAGAAUUUUUGUUGAACAAACUUUGCCCGGUAAUAAUUUCCACUAUCCCUGGUGAGGAGGCAGCCUUGGGGCAUUCUGUGUUGAGACGCACUUAAGUUGACCACAGGGCAGAAUUUUGUGUUACUGAAAAAAGUGGUAAAUUUUUUUUCUUUUGUUUUUUGUUUGUUUUGGGGGGAGAGGUAAUUAGGUUUAUUUAUUUAUUUUAAUGGAGGUACUAGAGAUUGAACCCAGGACCUCAUGCAUGCUAGGCAUGCA